UCUAGCGGGGGGAUUUUGAAAUCGCCUCGGUUAGCGCUACCUUUCCCGCUUCAGAUCCGCGAGCGACAUAUUGUUGCUUUCCUAUCUGACCCCCGAACACUGUCCUACAGUGAGCCGAAUACUUGUCGUGCAGUUGGUGGUCAGUGGUCCCUCUUUCCUUCAACGCCUGUGAUUUCAAAAACAAGAAGCAGCAGCCUAAUAACCCUCAUAGAAAAAUGCAAGCCAAUAUCAGCGGGAACUGCAGCGGGAAUUCAGGCGAUUAUAAUGUUUUUGGUAGUGAUAAUAAUAACGUAACCAACAUUACCAGUUUCGGACGGAUAUAUCAUGGAUGUGUGCUUAGAGCUGAAGGUAGAGGUAUUACAAACUUUCCCGAGCGACUUCCGGCAAGUGGCUGAUCUGUUGUUACAACUAGAAGGGGCUCCUCGGCCUUAUCGGGUAAUCCCCUAUCGCAGAAACAGCAAGUUCACAGGCC